AUGGAAUCGACCUCACUGACGGCCGUGGACAAGGGUCCUCCUGGUCCCAAAGGUGACAUAGGAUUUCCUGGGCCACCUGGGCCAGAAGGAUAUCCAGGAAAGCUAGGACCUCGAGGAACUCCUGGUGAUCCUGGACCUUCUGCAAUCUGUGGACGAGAUUUGUUUGGCUCCAUUAACCAGGACCUUGACACCUUAAAGACCAGUCUUGCUAAAUUAGAGCUGGCUACAAACUAUGAUUUUGUCCGGAGGGUUGGUCAGAAAUACUUUGUGUCUAAUAAGGAGAGAGGCUCUUUCUCUGGGGCCGCAAAGUUCUGCUCCCACAGAGACUUGGAGCUGGCUUUGCCCCAGAACGAGGAGGAGAACAGAAUACUGACUCAAGUGUUUGGGGAUGUUGACAUAACGGCUUGGAUCAACGUCAACAAUAAAAAAGCAGAGGGGAAUUUUGAGACAGAUCUGAAAAAUCGACCUCUGUCCUUUACCAAAUGGGGAGAAGGGCAGCCAGACAAAUCCAUCCAGGACACAGGCCGCACCAUGCUGUCAGAAAAUGGUGUUUGGCGAGUGACACACGAAUGCUUCCUGAAUGCUUACAUCAUUUGUCAGAUAUAG